AUGAACACUACAUCUCCUGCGGCACCCUCCUCACCAGGUGUCAAUUUCAUCUCGCUGCUGGUCAUCAUCGUACUGUCAGUGGCACUGGCUGUAGGGCUUCCUGGCAACAGCUUUGUGGUGUGGAGCAUCCUGGCAAAGCUGCCGAAGCGCUCUGUCACUGCCCUGAUGGUGCUGCACUUGGCCCUGGCCGACCUGGCCGUCUUGCUCACUGCCCCCUUUUUCCUCCACUCUGUGGCCCAAGGCACCUGGACUUUCGGAACAUCCGGCUGCCGCCUGUUCCACUAUGUCUGUGGAGUCAGCAUGUAUGCCAGCGUCCUGCUUAUCACGGCCAUGAGUCUGGACCGCUCACUGGCAGUGGCCCUCCCUUUUGUGUCCCAGAAGCUGCGCACCAAGGCAGUCGCCUGGCGGGUGCUGGCCGGCAUCUGGGUAGUGUCUGUUCUGCUGGCCACUCCCGUCCUCUUGUACCGCACGGUGCACUUGCGACCGGACAAUAGGAGCCUGACCUGCUUCCUGACAUAUCCCAGCGAAAGACAUCGGGCCUUCCAUCUGUUCUUCGAGGUGAUCACCGGCUUCCUGCUGCCCUUCCUGGUCGUGGUGGCCAGCUACUGCGACAUCGGGCGCAGGUUGCGGGCCCGGCGCUUCCGCCGCAGCCGCCGCACCGGCCGCCUGGUGGCGCUCAUCAUCCUGGCCUUCGCCGCCUUCUGGCUGCCCUACCACGUGGUGAACCUGGCCGAGGGGUUCCGCGCCGCAGCGGGCAAGGCCCUGGGUUCCGGAUCGGUGGGUAAGCGGCUGCUCCUGGCCCGCCACGUGCUCAUCACGGUGGCCUUCCUGAGCAGCAGCGUGAACCCUGUGCUGUACGCGUGCGCCGGGGGCGGCCUGUUGCGUUCGGCCGGCAUGGGCUUCGUCGCCAAGCUGUUGGAGGGCACCGGCUCCGAGGCAUCCAGCAGCCGUCGCGGGGGCUCCCUGGCCCAGACGGUGAGGGGCACCCCCGCCUCUCCCGAGCCUGACCCCGCCGAGAGCCUCACUGCCUCCACCAACCCUCUCGAGUGA